AUGACUUUGGAAAUGUUGGAAAAGUGUUUCGGCAACGAUGCUCUAAAGAAAAGAGCUGUGUAUCAGUGGCAUGAACGCUUUACCAAUGGACGUGAGUCCAUCAAUGAUGAUGAUCGCAGUGGUAGGCCGUCGACAUUAAAAACCGACGCAAAUGUUGAUAAAGUACAAAGAAUGUUGAGUGAAAAUCGUAAGUUAACAAUUCGAGAGUUGGCAGAUGACUUACACAUUGCUUAUGGAUCUGUUCAAGACAUUAUCGUAAAUGAUUUGGGAUUACGUCGUGCAAUCAUCAAACGCAUCAUUACUGGUGACGAGACGUGGGUUUAUGAGUACGGCACUCAAUCCAGACAUCAGGCGAGUGAAUGGCGACUCCCCGAUGAGCCAAAGCCGAAAAAACCACGUCGUUUUCAGUCGAAAAAGAAGGUAAUGCUGAAGGUUUUCAUUGAUUACAACGGUAUUGUACACCACGAAAUUUUGCCAGAAAAGCAGACCGUCAACAAAGAGUAUUAUUUAGAUGUAAUGAGGCGUCUACGUGAAGCAAUUCGCUAUAAAAGAAAGGAUCUCUGGAAAAACAACACUUGGAUGAUAAUGAUAAUGCACUGUCGCACAAUGCUAUCAUUAUCCAUGUCGACCUUAAAUGCAAUGGAGACUCUUGAAGUGGCAGCCGUUCUCCAAGAAUAA